CUUGAAUCCGGGCCUCCCACUCUUCUUCCCUUCCCUUCCUCUUGCUUCCAACCAUAUAUAUAUCGCUGCGCUACCGGAAUUUUCCGACUAUAGAAAUACUUCUUUCGAGCUUCAGAUAACUCUGUUCUUUCCUGUCACACUUGAUUCUACUCUAGAGUUGCAUCUCGGUAUUCGGUAUCCGCACUUCUCCGCACACCGACCUGGAGAUACCUAUUGUUGGCUUGACUCAUUCGUAUUUGGAAAGGAGUCAAUUCCAUCGUCCAAACUAAAUCUACUGUCCCAAUUGCAUACAUCAGAAUAAUCAGACUCAAGCUUGGGUGUGCCUACGUCCAAUCUCAAAGAAACAAGUACCAACGCCACAUUUAUUCCUCCGCCCCGCUCAAGUGAGGGGCAAAUCUUUGCGACUCAACAUGCCCGCAGAUACCGAUCCCAGUCUUCAAUUCGAUUCAAUUGAGGAUACAAUUAAGGCUUUCAAGAAUGGCGAAUUCAUAAUUGUGCUUGAUUCGCAAGACCGUGAAAAUGAAGGCGAUCUCAUUAUUGCUGCCGACUCAAUUACCCCCGCUCAGAUGGCUUUUCUGGUUCGCUUCACAAGUGGUUUAAUUUGCGCACCUGUAUCUCCCGAAAUCGCCAGCCGACUCAGUCUACCCCAGAUGGUGCUUGAGAACGCAGAUCCGAAAGGAACCGCAUACACGAUCUCUGUCGACUCAAGUGACCCAACUGUUACCACCGGUAUCUCGGCGCAGGACCGCGCCCUCGCAUGCCGAACACUUGCCUCUCCGACUGCUCGCGCCGAAGAUUUCCGGAGACCGGGCCAUAUUAUCCCUCUCCAGGCCAGGAGCGGUGGUGUGCGCGAGCGAAGAGGACACACUGAAGCCGCAGUCGAGUUCUGCCGUUUAACCGGUAAGGUACAAGCUGGUGUAAUUGCUGAGUUAGUGGAGGACGGCGAGCUGGUCCCGGGUAUCCCAGAGAUUGGUGGCAAUAACGACAUGAUGAGACGUGAUGGAUGCUUGAAGUUCGGCAAGAAAUGGGGCAUCAAGGUAUGCACCAUCGAAGACUUGGUUGAGUACGUCGAGAAAACAGAAGGUAGCCUUGCUGCUGUCACAAAUGGAAAACAGUAAGAUGUUUAAAUGUGACAAUGUUUCUUGUAUAACCUUUUUUCAUUUUUUUUUUUUUUUUCUUAUUGUCAAUUUUU